GACUCUGRUUCUUUCACGUAGAUGUCAUGUGAAGACUUUGUGCCUUUUCCAUUCCGCUUUCUAAUUCUUUCACAACAAAAUGACUUCUUACGAGGAAGACGAAAACUUCGGAAGUUACAGUGUCGUAGGAUCAUUCCCUAAAGAUUUUGGUUAUGGACCAGAUGAGACAGAAGAAACUAACACCACAGAAAACAAACCAAGAAUUCUGUUAAUGGGUUUAAGAAGGAGUGGCAAGUCUUCUAUCCAAAAAGUUGUCUUCCACAAGAUGUCUCCAAAUGAAACUCUAUUCUUAGAAAGUACAAGUAAAAUAAUAAAAGAUGAUAUUUCCAAUAGUUCCUUUGUGCAGUUUCAGAUUUGGGAUUUUCCUGGCCAAAUUGAUUUUUUUGAUCCAGCUUUUGAUUCAGAAACUAUUUUCGGGAACUGUGGAGCACUUGUUUUUGUUAUUGAUGCUCAGGAUGAUUAUAUGGAGGCAUUAAGCAAAUUACAUAUGACAGUAUCAAGAGCUUUUAAGGUCAAUCCUAAUAUCAAGUUCGAAGUGUUUAUUCACAAAGUAGAUGGUUUAUCAGAUGACCACAAAAUUGAAACACAAAGAGAUAUUCACCAAAGAGCAACYGAUGAGCUAACUGAUGCAGGGCUUGAGGGACUCCAUCUAAGGUAAGUCAAACUUGUGAUUUUUUUUCAU